CUGACUUGAAUACAACGCAGAAACUCCCUGCUUAUAUACUCUCAGCCAGCCCUCAUUCCCCCAUACGUAAAACUUUUUAGGCUUUUUAUAAUUCCGGCGAGGUCUCUCUGCUUCUCUCUAUCCUCGUUCUCCGUCGUCUCCAUAUCUUGCUUCGUCCCUCAGGGUAGAAGGAACAGUUCGUUUGACUAAGCCCGGAUUCGUGAGUAUAUAGAGAAAGAUGUUUGGUUCUUCAAAUCCUUUUGGACAGUCAUCUAACAACAGUCCAUUUGGGACACAAACUCAACCUUUGUUCGGGCAGACCAGUAACCCGAGCAAUAAUCCUUUUGCUGUGAAGCCCUUUGGUAAUUCUGCUCCUUUUGGCGCACAGACAGGGAGUUCCAUGUUUGGGGGCACUUCAACCGGCGUGUUUGGUGCACCUCAAACUUCUUCUUCCCCUUUUGGUGCUUCAUCACAAGCGUUUGGGAGCUCUACUCCGGCUUUUGGAGCAUCUUCUGCUCCUGCAUUUGGUAGUUCAACUUCACCUUUUGGUGGCACUUCUACGUUUGGUCAGAAGUCUUUUGGCCUCUCAACGCCUCAGUCAAGUCCUUUCGGAAGCACCACACAGCAAUCACAGCCUGCCUUUGGAAACAGCUCUUUUGGUUCAUCUUCACCUUUUGGUGCCUCAAACACGCCUGCCUUUGGUGCCUCUAGCACGCCUGCCUUUGGUGCCUCAAACACUUCCGCAUUUGGCGCCUCAAACACUUCUGCGUUUGGAGCUACAAACACACCUGGGUUUGGCGCAUCAAGCACUCCUGCCUUUGGCUCCACAAACACGCCUGCUUUUGGUGCAUCAAGUACUCCAUCAUUCGGCGCCUCGAGUUCACCUGCAUUUGGCGCGUCACCCGCUUCAGCCUUUGGUAGCUCUGGCACUGCAUUUGGCAACAAUGCCUUCGGUACUGGAGGUGUUUUUGGUGCAUCAAGCACUCCUGCGUUUGGUGCAUCAAGCACUCCUGCGUUUGGGGCUUCAAACACUCCUUCCUUUGGGGCAUCAAGUACCCCAUCUUUUAGUUUUGGCUCUUCCCCAGCUUUUGGACAGACUACCUCAGCAUUUGGUAGCAGUGCCUUUGGCUCUACACAGUCUCCCUUUGGAGCCCAAGGUUCACAGGCUUCGACCCAAACAGUUGGGGGUCAAUCAACUAUCGGGGGUCAACAAGGGGGUAGUAGGGUCAUGCCUUAUGCACCUACAACUGAGGCAGAGUCAGGCACUGGUAGUAACCCUGGGAGGCUACAAUCUAUAUCUGCCAUGCCUGUAUACAAAGAAAAAAACCAGGAGGAGCUUAGGUGGGAGGACUACCAGCGAGGAGAUAAAGGUGGACAACGUCCUGCUGGUCAAUCUCCUGGAGGUGCUGGAUUCGGUGUAACAACUUCUCAGCCAAGUGUAUUCUCUCCUUCACCAACGUUUGGCCAGACACCUGCAAAUCCAACAAACCCUUUUGCACAGAAGACUCCAACAACUACCCCAAAUUUUUCCUCUCCCUUUGGUCAACCCACUACCCCCUCCUUUGGUCAACCCACUACCCCAUCCUUUGGUCAACCCACUACCCCAUCCAUGUUUGGGUCAAUUGCAUCAAAUGCCACAUCCGUUUUUGGAUCAUCCACUAGUUUUGCAACAAGCACACAACAGCCAUUUGGUUCAGCCCCUGCACAUGGGUCAAAUUCACCAUUUAGCAUUGUUGGAAAUAAUAACACCAGUCAGUCAUCUCCACUGUUCGGUUCAAACCCCUCAUUUGGACAGAGUACUACUCCUGCAUUUCAACAGACUAGUUCUGCGUUUGGACUGAAUACCACUCCUACAUUCCAACAGACUAGUUCUGCGUUUGGACAGAAUACCACUCCUGCAAAUGGACAAAGUAACAUUUUCAGUACACCUUCCACUGGCUCCGCAAAUCUGUUUUCAAGCUCUCCAUCCUUCCCUACAAGCAUCUCUCCCUAUGGUCAAACAACGCCUGCUCUUUCGACACCUUACCAAUCAGUUCAGCCAACUCAACCGUCAGGUGCUUUUGUUUUCAACAACUUUGCUCAAACCCAACCAUCAGGUAAUACAACUGGCGUUACAGGUGGAACGGGAACUUUUAGCCAAAGCAACUUUAAGCAAGUGCCUGCGUUCGGUAACUCUGCUAUUAUGCAACCAACUCCUGUUACAAACCCAUUUGGAACGCUUCCUGCUUUGCCUCAGGUUUCAAUUGGUCAAGGUGGAAAUUCACCUUCCAUUCAGUAUGGAAUCUCCAGCAUGCCUGUCGUUGAUAAGCCUGCUCCUGUUAGAGUAUCUCCACUCCUGACUUCUCGACACCUUUUACAAAGGCGGGUCAGGCUACCUACAAGGAAGUACCGUCCUGGUGAUGAUGGUCCAAAGGUUCCAUUCUUCAGCGAUGAAGAGAAUUCCAGUACACCUAAGGCUGAUGCCCUUUUCAUUCCAAGGGAAAACCCUAGAGCUCUAUUUAUACGCCCAGUUGAAAGGGUAAAAUCAGAACAUCCAAAGGAUGGCCCGGCCCCACUGCAGGAGAAUGGUAAUAAGUCAAAUGGGGUUACGAAUGGAACCAACCAUGAGAAUAAGCAUAACGGUGAAACUUGUGAGGCUCCUCCGGUUAAAGCCAAUCAGAAACCGAACAGAACACAUGAAAAUCACGGAGGCGAGAAAAACGGUUCACACAGUUCACCAAGCGGAGCAGAGAUCGAGACAUUGAUGCCGAAGUUGCACCACGCUGAAUAUUUCACAGAGCCUCGGAUCCAAGAACUGGCUACAAAAGAAAGGGUUGAUCCGGGUCAUUGCAAGCGGGUGAAGGACUUUGUUGUUGGGAGACACGGUUACGGGAGUAUAAAGUUUCUGGGAGAGACGGAUGUGUGUAGACUCGACCUGGAAAUGGUGGUUCAGUUCAAAAACCGAGAAGUGAAUGUGUACAUGGACGAGAGCAAAAAACCUCCUGUGGGUCAAGGAUUGAAUAAACCUGCGGUUGUAACUUUGCUGAACAUAAAAUGUAUGGACAAGAAGACCGGUACGCAAGUGAAGGAAGGUGCCAGAUUGGACAAGUAUAAGGAAAUGCUGAAGAGGAAAGCUGAGGAACAAGGAGCUAAGUUUGUGUCUUAUGACGCUGUGAAAGGCGAGUGGACGUUCAAGGUGGAGCAUUUCAGUUCCUACAAGCUUGGAGAAGAAGAUGAUAUGUAGAAAGAUCAUUAUGUAGACUAGUCUCCUAGGCCUGUUUUUUGAUUUUACUUUUUGGGGUUUGUCUAUUGGUCUGUUUUUGCAAUAUAUAAUGUCAAAAAUGACAUGUCUUUUGCUCUUACUACAUCGGCUCAACCUCUCUUCUAUCAGUUUUAUUAGGAAAAUAUUACUCAA